AUGAAUAAUUCAACUCGCGCAGACGAUUGGAAAACUGCUGAUGUACUGUCACCCUACUCCGCUACCGUCAUUGUGGCCAGCGUAUAUUCCUUAAUUCUCCUGCUAAUCAUCAUCUUCAACAUACUGGCGUUGUGGUCGUUGUACAGAGCCAAAACCGAGCACUCCACUUCCUUCAGCGUUUAUUUAGCUCAUCUGUUCGUGAUGAAUAUAUUAGCCAGUAUAACUGUUGUCCCAUUGGACGUGGUGGACACUCUGCUCAACAAUAACCUAACGGCGAAUCAGUGCGCGUUUGCUAUAUUCUCGAACCGGGGACUCUUCGCCAUUGUCGUUAAUUCCCAUCUGCUGAUCACCAUCAACCGAUUGUGGGCGGUACUGUGGCCGCAUAAUUACCGCGAAGUACACACCGUCCGUUUCGCCGGCCUGUCGUGUCUGAUUUUAUGGCUGUACGUGUUUGUGUGGGUUCUGCCGGCUUUCACGUACCGCGUCAGUCACACCACUGAUUACCCCUGUCACUUGGAUAUCAUGGACUUCCCGGUUAAUUAG